UCAAGUUGGAAUAAGCAGAGUUUGCUCUUCUCUCUCUCUCUCUCUCUCUCUCUCAUUCUCAAAUAUGUCGCUGCAACCAGCAAUUUUACAGGGAAAUACCUGUAAACAGUAUUUUCAUCCAUUAUCAAGCAUAUCCUCUACCAGAUGGGUUGGCAAUUGCAACCGUUUCGCUUUUCUUUCUCCGGCUAAGCCAACUGCAAACAGAGCACCGCAAGCGUCUUUAUCAUCAAAACUGCAGCCAGUAGUUCGUCUGCUGACUAAAUUCCCUGCUUCUGGUUUCUUGGCCAUGAAUCAAUCUGUUGAUCAAUUUGCUUCAACUACCACAAGUCUUACCAAAAUAUUCAACAAAAUAGGAAAACCUAUCCAAUCAUCUCCAUUUCUUGUAAGCGUUCUUCUUUUGAUGUUUAUGGCAUCAAAAAUACAGAACCAACAAGAAGAAGAUGAUAACUCCAUAAAUCUUCCUCCAGGACCAUGGAGAUUACCUUUCAUAGGUAACAUUCACCAACUUGCUGGCCCCGGUCUACCCCAUCACCGUCUAACAGACUUAGCCAAAACUUACGGACCUGUAAUGGGUGUUCACCUUGGCGAAGUUUACGCUGUUGUUGUUUCCUCCGCAGAAACAUCCAAAGAAGUAUUAAGAACGCAGGAUACAAAUUUCGCUGAAAGACCUUUAGUUAAUGCAGCGAAAAUGGUCCUAUAUAACAGAAACGACAUUGUUUUUGGGUCGUUUGGAGAUCAAUGGCGACAAAUGAGAAAAAUCUGCACAUUAGAAUUACUUAGUGUAAAACGUGUGCAGUCAUUCAAAUCAGUAAGAGAAGAAGAGAUGUCAAGUUUUAUUAAAUUUCUUUCUUCGAAAUCUGGUUCGCCGGUAAAUCUUACCCAUCAUCUGUUUGUUUUGACAAACUAUAUUAUUGCAAGAACUUCCAUUGGUAAGAAAUGUAAGAAUCAAGAAGCGCUUCUUAGAAUUAUAGACGACGUCGUUGAGGCGGGAGCUGGAUUUAGUGUUACUGAUGUCUUUCCAUCGUUUGAAGCGCUUCAUGUGAUUAGUGGAGAUAAGCAUAAAUUUGAUAAAUUGCAUAGAGAAACUGAUAAGAUACUUGAAGAUAUCAUAAGUGAACAUAAAGCCGACAGGGCAGUAUCUUCCAAGAAAAGUGAUGGUGAAGUUGAGAAUCUUCUUGAUGUUCUUUUGGAUCUUCAAGAAAAUGGAAACCUUCAAUUUCCCUUAACAAAUGAUGCCAUCAAAGGAGCCAUUCUGGAUACAUUUGGCGCAGGCAGCGACACAUCCUCAAAAACAGCAGAAUGGACAUUAUCGGAGCUGAUCAGGAACCCAGAAGCAAUGAGAAAAGCACAAGCAGAAAUAAGGAGAGUUUUCGAUGAAACAGGAUAUGUUGAUGAAGACAAAUUUGAGGAAUUAAAAUACCUGAAACUAGUUGUGAAGGAAACUUUGAGAUUACAUCCUGCUGUGCCAUUAAUUCCAAGAGAAUGCAGAGGAAAAACUAAGAUUAAUGGGUAUGACAUUUUCCCCAAGACCAAGGUAUUGGUGAACGUCUGGGCAAUUUCAAGAGAUCCUGCAAUUUGGCCAGAGCCUGAAAAGUUCAAUCCAGAAAGAUUCAUCGAUAAUCCGAUUGAUUAUAAGAGUAUUAACUGCGAGCUAACACCUUUUGGUGCGGGAAAGAGAAUUUGCCCUGGAAUGACAUUAGGGAUAACAAAUCUUGAACUUUUCCUGGCAAAUUUGCUAUAUCAUUUUGAUUGGAAACUUCCUGACGGGAAGAUGCCAGAGGAUCUUGAUAUGAGUGAAUCAUUUGGUGGAGCAAUUAAAAGAAAAACAGAUCUGAAGUUGAUUCCUGUUCUGGCGCGCCCUUUGACUCCAAGAAACGCCAACAGUGGCAACACUUUCACUACAACAGACGCCGACUCUCCUGCAUCAAUGUGCCCACACUUAAAAGCAUUAUGAGCUCUGUCGUAAUGGAAUAAAUGACUCUUCAGGAGUCAUAUAUUUUUGUUACUAAUUAAAACUGUAUUUUUUAUCUUGUUAUUGUCCCAAUAAAAUUGUAAACACCCAUUCUUAGGCUAUUUAGAAUAAAAAAUUUACUAAUUUCAUAAUUUCAUAAUUA